UCUUAAAUUUCGCUCACGAAAUCUGGAAUCAUGAUAUCGAUCAUUUAAAAUAUUUUUUUCACUAGAUUUUCUCAGUUUUGUACUUUAUAAACUUAUAUAUCAACAAUCAUUUCCUCUAAAAAUUCAAUUUUGAGUGUUAAUCAAGAGCAGAAUAAUUCACUUUCUUUCUUAACAGACGGGAGAGCGAGUUAAUACUGUGCGACAACCCGACGAAAAAAAAUCUUCUGUGUAGUGCGCGCUUACAAUCAAAACAAUGGCUUUGCUCUAAUUCAUCAAAACCAAUUAAAGAAGAAUAUUUGUUCGAAUUCGUACGAAGACGUAUUGAUUUUGCUAAAUUAAUCUUCAUGAAGUCCCAGAAUUGAGCAAAUAAGUUUUAAAAUAACGAUUUUUCGAGAAACUAUAUGCCGAAGGUAGUGUUACGCGGUGUAAACUGGUCCAUUUCCUGUGUGUUUUGUUGAAUUGGAGUUUUGGAGGUACGGGAAAGUAUGGUUAGGCUUAUGAAUUGACUUCAUCCUAUUUUGUGGCUGGAUUAUUCGAUAUCUUUUAUAAAAUGAAAAGAGAAAUUAAGAAAAAUAAUGGAAGGUAGCCACGAAGAUGGGAAUUACCUGGUGCGUGUGCGUGCCCAGGUUAUGACCAGAGAUGAUUCUACAGGUGGCUGGGUACCAAUGGGUGCUGGUGGGUUAAGUCAUGUCUGUGUGUGCAAAGGAUCUGUUUCAGGUGAAGAUGAUAAGCUAGAAUAUCUCAUUUAUGGCAAAAGGAUAGCGGAUCAAUCGGUUGUUCUAAGCUGUACGAUAAAGAGGGAUUUUCAAUAUAAUAAAGUCAUGCCAACUUUCCAUCAUUGGCGAACAGGUGAUAAAAAAUUCGGUCUAACCUUCCAAACUGCAGCAGAUGCUCGGGCAUUUGACAAAGGUGUCAGAAUGGCUAUUGAGGAUCUAUCGGAUGGAACUGGUGAUUUCCCAAAUUUUAAUGAUUCAGAUCUCGGUGAUGAUGAUGUAUUCAUGACACUAGAACUUCCUAUAGAUUCUCGAUCUUCCUCUGGGUCUAGCAGCUUUAGUGGAGGUUCUUUCAGGCCCGGUUCUGGCACACCGCUCCAGUAUCCAGAGUCCGGUUCUACCACAUCACCUUAUGCUCAUCACCAUAGUUCUCAUCAUCACCUUCAUCGCAUGAACUUCAUUAGAUCUCCACGUUUUCCUAGUGGUGUUAAUCCUUCUGGUAACAAUAACAUUGGGGGAUAUGUUAUGGACCCUACUCGCAGGUUAGAAGAUGCAUGGACAAAGGAUGCAUCAAGAGACUCUAGAAAAGAUUAUUUAGACAGUGAUAAAAUUGAAAUGAGCUCAGAUCUCAAUUCCUAUGUGCAGCUAUCUCGUGACAAAGGUGGUCGGACUGAUCAUGAUUACUCUUAUCCCAUAAUGGACAGCUAUAAAGCUGGCAACAGAGACACAAUUAGUAGUUUAAAGAAGCCGCAUCAUUUUGAUACCUUCAGUUGCCAACCUGCUCCGAGACUCCCGGUAAAAGCCAAGAAAAAGGACUGGAGGAAAGAUGGCCGUAAAAAUCUGACGAUGGCGAGGGCGCAGUGUCGCCAUUGCCUGGAGAUGUAUUCAGAGGAGGACAAUCAUCGGGGUAGCUGUGAAUAUGCUCCUGAUCCAGUCUUGGCUUGCAUUAGUGGGGCUUCUUGCAUUUCCUGUGCGCAGUGUAUGUUAUAUCACUGUAUGUCUGACAGUGAGGGGGACUUUAACCAACAUCCGUGUUCGUGUGACACUUCAGACGGACAUUGCCCUAAACGCUGGACUGCCCUCACCCUGCUUUCAAUAUUUGUGCCCUGUCUCUGGUGCUAUCUGCCCUUUCGUGCUUGUCAUAAGUGUGGAGUUAGGUGUGGUGUUUGUGGGGGCAGGCAUGACCCUGCCUGAUUAAUCUGACAAAAAUGACACUAGGAGAAACAAAAAUUUUAAAGUAUCUGAAUUAAUUUGCACUUUUUACAAAAAAAAGGAGAGCAUUAUUUUCAAAUGCUAAGAGAAAGUUUUGUUAUAUGUUGCCAUGUUUUAAAUGUGAUCUAUGUAUGUCUUGCAAAUUUGAGUGUUCACAUGCUAUGAUGAAAGAAUGUUGAGGUUGGAAAUAUAUAAUUGGAGUCAGGGUUUAAAGAGCUUGUAUAUAUUUUAAAAAAAGAAAACAUGCAGUAAUGAAAAAAUGUUAUUUUAAAAAAGCAUAUGUUUCAUAAUACAUUUCUCUUUAAUAUAUAUUUAAAAAUUUUAUCAUACUAAAAAUAUUGUUGUAAAUAUGUCUGUUUCAAAGAGUUUUGUGUUGCGAAAUUUGGCUGAAUAUUUAUAUUUUACUUCAACAAAUACCACAGAAAAUCAAAAUCGUUGCUGGUUGUUAUAAUUUUUAGAGAAGACCCAUUCAUUACAUGUAUACUUAAAAAUUAUAUAAUUCUGUCACUAUUUAUAUGCUAAGAAAUAUAGAAUUAUCAUAUUUUUUUAUGUUGUUCUAUGAAACUAGCUUUUAAUUUCUUUCAAAAUUUGUUAUUUAAAGAAUUCAAACUGAGACAAAGUCUAUGUUACCAGAGAAUUUGAAAUAUUUGUCCCCAUCUGAAGCUAGUCACUUUUUAUACUAUAGUUUACAAAUGUAGCACACUUGUAUGUUUUUUAGUCCAUAUGAGGGUUUAAUGAUCUGUUGUUAAUUUUUCAGCAGGCCAGCCAGGUGAAUUUCAAAUCUGCUAUUGUUGAAAAGCCAUUGAUUUGGACAUUUUUUGUUGUUGUUGUGUUAUGCUCAUGUUAUGUCUACAUCAUUUUAUAGUUUAUGUGUAUUAUAACAAUUUUUACAUCGGAAUUUAAGCUGUGUAUGAUUUGUAACUAGCAAUUAAAUUAUGAUUUUAUAUAUUUAUAUUUUUCAUUCAUUAAAUACAGUUUAAACUUUUUCUCAUUAAUUUUUUCCCAGUGCAACUAAUUAACAAAUAUUUCCUUGUAAUUUGUUGUAAAAAAAAAAAUAAGAAAACUAUUUUUUUCUGACAUUGCUUCAUGAGUAGUCUUCCUAAUAAAUUGAAGUUCUUUAA